AAAAAGUCCAAGAGGAUAGAAGAGAGACCCGAUCCCGAUCCCGAUUCCUCGAGAGUCCUUAGAAAACGAAAACAACACAACACAACCAACGAUUGAACCAACUUGCAAAACCCCCCAAAUUGUCGUCUUCUUUCCUCCCCCUUGUUUUUUACCCUUCCUACAAUCGUUUCUAAACAUUUAUUCAAUUCUAAUUCAAAUUUCGUUGGAAUCAUUUCUAAAAUCGGUACAGUGAAAACAAACAUUGUUAAAAAAGGGAAAUACGAUUUUCCUCGAUACCAUUGUAAUAAAUCGGGGGAAAGAAGGAUUACUUUCAAAUACGUAUUUACGUAUCUAAAUACAUAUGGUACGUGUACGUGUACGUGUGUGCGUCUAUCCUGUGUGAAAGCAUAAAUCUAAUAAUGCACGCGUGCUGCUGCACCACUUGUCGUGUUUCUUACGUGCGUUUGAAUUCUCAUGUGUCAAAAUUUGUUCUGCGUUAAUCAAAAGAAAUUUGUCGUUGUUCGUUUAUCGUGAAGUGUUGAUUGUCAUAAAGAAAUACAAGGAAUAAUGAUUCUUCAUCUUUGAUGAAUUACGAGAAACAUUUGUUUUAAACGUUGAACUAACAAAAAAAAAGCAUUUUUUAGUUUCGUUGAUAGAAGAAAAAACAGAACAAAAAGCAAACCCAGUGGAAAAUGUUAUGUGACGUUUAGUGGAUCUUAAUAGAAAAUAUUACGAACGCAUAAUUGUUGUUUUUUUUUUCUUCUUAUUUCUUAGUUUCGUCCUAAAUGUGCGUAUUAUAAAAAAAAAAAAAAAAAAAGAAGGAAGAGAAAUAAUGUGAAACUGUUCGGUUAAAAAAUUGUUCUUGUGCGUUAUGGGAAAUUAAUCAUGAUGGUGAUCGAUUGGAAUUGGAAGAGGAUCGUUUCGAUGAUGCUCUUCGUCAAUGUUUUUUUUUUUCGAGAACCUGUCAUCUCAAUCAUCACGAAUAAAUGUAACUCGUCGUCGAGGAUGAGAUAGGAUAGAAGAUGACUGAAAAAAUGACGACGUGAGAAAGGAGAAGAGCUUUUUAAACAAAAACAAGCAUUUAAUUUAGGAAAAGUAUUAAGGCGGCUAGGGUAGGAAGAAGGGAAGAAGUUAAAGAAAAAAAAAGAUGGGGUCUUUGCCGAAUUUGCACGAGUUGUCGAAGGAGAAACUCGAAAGUCCUGUUUACAGGCCAGUUCCAAUCAGUGGAUUAGGAUUAAUGAGAUUACCCGCUCAAGCACCACCAUUGGCACAUACCCAUCGUCGUGCUAGAAGCAGCGGAAAUCAUCAUACCACUACUUUGUGGGACAACGACGCCAUGUUGGAGCAUAUGGCAGCGUAUUCACCGAUCUCUUGUCGCUCGGCGAGGACAUCCGCAGCGUUGUCUUGGAGACGACGAGAUUCGAUGAAUUCUUCGGCAGGUGCAUCGUCGGUUCGUCGUUUGAUAGCAGCUGUUAGAACAGCUCCAUCCGGACCACGUCCAGCAAAGAAAACAAUUUUGAGGCAUUGCGCAGCCCUGUUGUUGGGACACGCGACCUGUUCAGCCGCCAUCUUGCCAAUUUUUCCACUCCAAGCUGGUCUCGGAGCAUUCAAUCCUCACCUCGGUCCAAUAUUAUUGGCUCUGUUGUAUUUGACCGCGGCUAUCACCGCUUGUUUCGCGCCGAUUAUUCUACAAAAGAUCGGCACGAAUCUGGCCAUCAUUGUUAAUCAUUUAGUAACAACAAUUUUCGUCGGUGUUCACUUGUAUCCAAAGUGGUACGUUUUAUUACCAAGCUACGCCAUUUUGGGUGCCUGCGUCAGUCCAAGUUUUUUGGCAAGGACCUCGCACGUCAACAUAUCGGCCACCAGUUUAGCUUUGGUCUGUGCCGAUCCUGAAGAUUCGGACGAGACCAGACGCGAUUGUCUAUUGAGAAGACUCAACAGAUAUAUCAAACUCGCCGAAGAUGCCGGUCUUGCGAUAGGUUGUCUGAUCGCGGCACUAUUGGUCAAAUUUACGGACUCGGUGUUACCUAACAUAUCGCAAACCGAGAUCGAGGAUGUUUGCGGAGCCGAGUAUUGUCCCGAGGAGACCUAUUUCCACAACGAAAGUCUCUAUUUACCAACUAUCUCGGAUAACACUUCGAAAAUGUUGAUAAGUAUAUGGUUCGGCUUUGCCGUAUUAGGAAUGAGCAUAUCUUGUGCUUUCCUCGAUUCGAGGAUGAAGGAACCCCAAAGUACAAACGACAGAAUUAGCUCACGUAACAUAUUCAAAUCCGUCAAGUGCGCCUUUCAAGAUCCGAAGUUGCAAUUAGCGGCGCCAUUGACACUGUUCAUCGGCCUCGAGCAAGGUUUCAUUUACGCCGACUUCACUGAAGCAUACGUGGCUUGUGCCCUUGGCGGAGCUGGCACCGUAACCGUCAGUUUUCUCAGCUUAGCUGUCCUCCAGGCACUUGCUGGAGCAACCCUUUCCAUGUUACUCAGGCACAUCAAGAGAUAUUUUGUCGUAGUCGUGGGUUUCGCCUUUCAUGCCUGUUUGUUACUCGUUCUGGUCGUUUGGAGACCAGCUGGCGACGAUCCAGCACUUUUCCAUGUUAUAUCAGCCGCCUGGGGAGUAUGUAACUCCAUCUGGGAAACUUUAAUAUAUACAUUAGUAUUAGGUCUCUAUCCAAAUUCUUGGCAAGGUCCGUUAUCAACGUCGUUAUUUUGGAGAUGGUUAGGACUAUCAUUAGCGUUGGGUCUUCAUGGUUUGGUUUGCACCCGAAUCCGUGUGCUAGGAUUGGCGUGUAUGUUGUUGCUAUCGGUCGUGCCUUACGUUUGGUUAGAAAUUAGAUUAUCUAAACGUGGCAAAAGUUUGGCACCGUUGUGACCAAUCGAAUCAACGGCCAGCGAUCGUGGAUCAACAACGAUCGAGGUCGAAGGAAGGCACAGAUCGGACUGAGGUAGAAUCGUUCCAUCCAGUUUAAAACCAAUCAGAAGAAGAAGGAGCAGCAGUGGCCGACAUAAAAGCAGCCCGGUUACGGAAUACGCGACUUUUACCGCGAAAGGAGGCAAAUCUUCAAGAAAAAGAGCAAACAGUGUUGCGUUCGCUUGUCAAACUACUACUACUACUACUACUACAAUGAAAACAACUACGAUUAUUAAUACGACCAACGAGGACGCGAUUCUUCCCCAUCCAAUUAAAGUUGAACAAGAACGUAAGAGUAGUAGUAACGAUAUAGAAAUCGUUAACGACGAACCAAAAUGCACCAUUUUCUCAUUAUCCUGAGAUGAUAACCUCAAAUCUUUCACACCACACUACGACCAUUUAUUCUUCAAAUAUUUCUCACAAAAUUCUGCUGGUCCUUAUUUUUCUCGAGUAAAUGAUAUAUAUAUAUUAUCCUCGUUCACGCGGAGACGAAUUCUCGUUCGAUUAACUUCACCCCCACCCCCUCAGCUCCCUUGUCACCCUGUUUCCUCAUUCGAUUUAUCUAGCGUUCUUAAACACGUCUAACAUACUCGAAUGUAUUUUUAUUUUCUCAAAUGAGUAUCAAGAAGUAUGGUUCAUUCUAUAUUACAUACUGCAAAUUUGUAAUAUAAGCCAAAAAGAAAAAAACCAAAUUCAACAUAGGGUUUCUUUCUCCCCACUUCCAGAUACUUAUUCUAUUCUUUUCAACUUUGCGUUUUCUUUUUUUCUUUUCUUUUUUUUUUACCUACAAAGAAGAUACAAAAAGAUAUAUUGUAUAAUAGUAUACGAGAGAAUUUGGCGGGGGAUUAAUCGUGAUCCAAAGAUAAAUAAUUUAAGACAUUAUUACAAUUUUGAUUUCAACAAUUUGAUUUCAACAAUUUGAUUUCAUUGACAAUCGUGAUUUUGAGCGUGAAUUGUUUUUGUUUUUUUUUUAAAUACAAGAACGCACAUGUCGAUAUUAUGUCGGACGUGAUUGGUCAUUGCUCUUACUUGCAGAUAAAAUCAAAAAAAGACAAAAAACAAAACGAAAAUCGUGGGAUAAAAAGAACAUUUAAUGAUCAAACGACGAAGUAAGAAUAAUUCGUAUAGAAUAAUUCAAAAAUAAUCCUCACAACCUCUACCUCUUUUGUAAUACUGUAAAGCGAUGAAUUAAAAUAUUUUGUUUAAACGAACGAGCACUCGACUCCUCCUCCUCCUCUUCCACCUCCUCCUCAAGGUCGACCUACGAGUGCAACGAAAAGACUCCCCCCAUACCGCGUCAUCGCGUAAUAUUUAAUAAAUGCUGGAUGGAACGAAAAUAUUAAUUAAUUAGGAUUGAAUUCCGAGCCGAAAUAACAAACACAGUUAUUCCCGCACCGACAACACCCCACACCCCACCCCCGUGUUUUUAUCUCUCAUUAUCAGCUUAUAAUCGAGCUAACCGAAUAAACGAGAGCUCGCGUAAGAUUUUACUAUAUUUUAAUUGAAUACGUUGGGAAAAUAAUAGUCAAGGAAUAAUAAACGUUUUCACGCGGCCAAUAUUUUUCCUUCUUCCCCACUCCCCCUCCCGUACCCCCGUACCAUUCGCCACGGCUCCUGAGAGAAAAGAAAAAAUAAAAACACGUUCAUAGGCUGGCUUACUAGCUAGCUAGUUGUAUAUAUAUAACAAACAAAAAAUUAUUUCGAAUCCAUUUUCACAAAUAUAAAUAUUUUCACGGAAAACACGUGCCGAGAUAUGUGCACGAUUUAAAAAUGCUAUCCGUACCCUGACGUCUUUCAAAUCUAUUAAAUCGACUUGUAUAAAAAAAAAAAAAGAAUAAAAAAAAAAGAAAAGAGAAAUAAUAUUAACGAACGGAACAAAUUAAACCGUUUUCAUUGCAAUCUCUACAAAACUCGCUCAUUAUAAUCUAUAUAUAUAUAUACAUAUAUAUAUAAGUAUAAGGUGGUAUGAAAAAUUUGUUUGCAACUGGAUUUCAUUGUGGUUGGAAGAUUUAAAAAAAACAAUGCAAGAAGAUUACUCGUCUUUUAUUUAUUUUUUUUUUUUUUUCAAAAAUAUUAACGUUUUCUAAUUUUCUUUUUUCGCGUUUAACUUUUGGUCAACUAAUUGUAAGGCAAUGCGGGUGAAUCCAAAAAAAAAAGAACAGAAGGAUAAGAAAACAUCGACAGGUAGCAUUUAGUUUUUAUUCACGAUUAAUGAAGAAAUAUAAAAAUGCAUCAAACUUAGAUCAUAAUCGAAGAUAAGUGAUAAAAACUCGUUCAUACGCGUCUUCCCAAACUGCAAACAAAUUGUUCAAAACAACCAAUAACUUACCUUCAUACAAUUUGUCACGAAUCGUAUCUAUUAAUUCAUUGAAAAUAUAUAUAUAUAUAUACGGAAGAAAAAUGAAAAAAAACAGAAAUAAAAACAACCAACAACAAAAUGAUAGAAUAACAAAUGUGAUUUUCGAUAUUACGAAUUUUAUAUUUUUAACGUUCUUUCGUUUGUGUUUCCUAUAAAAGUGGGAAUAAUAAUAUAUGCACGGGAAAAGGAAAAAAAAAAAAAAAAAGAAUCCAUACGAUAUCAGAUAUAAAAUGACUUCUCUUAUUCAAUAACCACUUUCUAUUCAAAAAACGACUAAUCAUCGUUGCUGCUAUCACGAUUAAAUUAUGAUGAUAAUGUAAAACGUACGUACUUCUUAAUGUUUCGUCUGUUGUAAUGAGAAAUACGAUACAUAUAUCGAAAGAAUGAUGAUGAUGAUGAUGAUGAUGAUGA